AUGGGUAGAUCAAAGAAAAGAUCAAGAGCUUCCUCGUCUCGUCUGAAUCCGCUACGCAAAGCUGGUUCAAACGGCGACAAUAAAGACGCCAAUGUCGUUAACAAAAAGCUUCAGCCUUUACUGCAAAACUUAUCGAGUGUGGUGCCAAAUGACAGAAGUGUGGCUUUAAGCUCCAUUAGUGUUCUCUGUGAAGACAGUCACAUGAGACAAUUGCUACUGAAGGAAAAAUUGGUGCAUAUCAUCUUGAGUAAACUAUUGAACGAUUCUAAUUCAGAUAUAGUUGUGGAGUCUUUUGGUUUACUAAGAAACUUAUCCUUGGAAGAAGGCUAUGAUGUGUCGAUCUACCUGUGGAGAUCUGACAUAUGGACAAGUAUAUCAAGUAACUUUGUUAAAAUAAUUGAUUCUCUAUCAGCUUUGCAAGCAGCGGAACAGCAAACCCAAUCAAAACCUGCAGGGAAGGCCAAAAUAGAAUCUAAAAGGCUAUUAUUCGAUUUCACUGAUAAUUUGCUAUCUCUGGUGGUGGCUUUAUCUAAUGGGUCCGAUGAUAUCCUCGACGAAUUAUUGAACGAAAAUAAAAUAAGCGGAAUCUUCCAAGUCAUUUUAGAAUUAUUGAAAUACGGUGUCGAGAAAUUACCUAUCAAUUUAUACAAUACCAUUCUUGAUCUGAUUUACGAUUUAAGUUCCGAAUCAUUCGAGUUUAUCGAUCAGGUCUCUCACAAUAAGCACAUAUCGCAGUUUUUAAAUGAGUUGUCUUCAGACUCUCAUCCUCAAACCAACGAAUUAACCAAGGUGUUGAUUGAGGGUAUCAAUUUCCAGUUCCUUGAUACGAAAAUAACAUAUGAUCAAUGUAACAAAAUGAUCCACUCUGUGUGUCAUUCCAUUAAUAACAUUGAUCCAGUACAGUUGAUGAAUGAUAUCAAUAACCCUGAGGAAAUUGCGCCAGCCACAAAUAAAGAUGAAACCAGUAAAGUUAUAGAGAAGAUCAAGAACUAUAAUGCAAAGCGUAACGAAUCCAUGAUGAAAUUGCAGAGUGUUGAAAUUGCCAUUGAUCUUAUUACUGCAAUCAUUGAAUUGAUUGCAUCCAAAUAUGAAACGGCGCAACCGAAUGAGGCCGUGAUUCCAGACGAGCUGGUCAAUACUCUAACAAAUUUUUUGCCUCAUGUCUUUAUGAUUUUAAAGGAUACUUUCACGUCACGAAUAUUAAUCGGUUGGAAUAACCUGAUCUGGCUGUAUGUUACACUAUCAUUAACAGAACUCUCAGAGGACCUGCUCGCCUCACUAUGGAGUUAUGUGACACAAUUAGAUAGCCAAGAUGACUUGAGUAUUAAAAUUGGUAGAAUGGGCUGUAUCUGGGCUGUUUUGAAGCUCAUCUCCUCUAACGGAGCUGCUGAAGGCGGAAAUCAAGUAUUGAAUAAUUUUCAAAUGCUUAAUAAUAUAGAAUUCGUGAAGGGAAUCAUAAGUGAACUCCAAAACAAUGAAGACUUGGAACUAAAGCAAAAGUGUAUUAACGUAUUAAGUACAUAUGCUAUGGUACAGGGGCAAAUUGAAAUGAACAAGGAAAUCGGUCAAUUCUUCAUACAGAAGUUAACCCAAUCAAACGUCCAACCUGAAAUUUUGGUGGAAAUGACAAACUCGCUUUUCCAAAUUUACGGCGAUGCAUCUUACGAUUAUAAUGAACCAAUAUUCGUGGGCGGCGAAUUUUUAUCGAUCUUAAAAGACCAAGUAGUACCAAACUUGAGACAGCAGUUUAAGAUGGUUGAUAAAAACAAAGACCCCGAGUUAAAGGAAAGGUGUCAUGAUUGUUUCACCACGCUAGAUAGUUUUAUUCAUUACAAGACUGAUGAAAAUUGA